AUGUUGGGGAAUCACUCUGGUGCCACUGAAUUUUAUCUCCUUGGCUUCCCUGGCUCCCAAGAACUACGCCAUAUCCUUUUUGCUAUCUUCUUCUUCUUCUACUCAGUGACAUUGGUAGGAAACAUGGUCAUCAUCGUGAUUGUCUGUGUUGAUAGACGUCUGAAGUCCCCCAUGUAUUUCUUCCUUGGUCAUUUCUCUGCCUUGGAGAUCUUGGUAACAACUAUUAUCGUACCUGUGAUGCUUUGGGGGCUGCUGCUCCCUGGGAUGCAGACAAUAUCUCUGGCUGCAUGUGUCACCCAGCUCUUCCUGUACCUUUCUUUGGGGACCACGGAGUUUGCAUUGCUGGGAGCGAUGGCUGUGGACCGUUACGUAGCUGUCUGCAACCCUUUGAGGUACAAUAUCAUCAUGAACAGCCGCACCUGCAUCUGGGUGGUCAUCGUGUCAUGGGUGUUUGAGUUCCUUUCUGAAAUCUGGCCAAUUUAUGCCACAUUUCAGCUUACCUUCUGCAAAUCGAAUGUGGUGAACAAUUUCUUCUGUGACCGAGGGCAAUUGCUGACACUGUCCUGCAACAAUACCCUUUUCAUAGAGUUCAUCCUAUUCUUAAUGGCUGUUUUUGUUCUUUUUGGUUCUUUGAUUCCUACAAUCAUCUCCUACACCUACAUCAUCUCCACAAUCCUGAAGAUCCCCUCAGCCUCUGGUCGGAGGAAAGCCUUCUCUACGUGUGCCUCUCACUUCACUUAUGUUGUGAUUGGGUAUGGCACCUGCUUGUUUCUCUAUGUGAAACCGAAGCAAACGUAGGCAGCUGAGUACAACAGGGUUGCGUCACUGAUGGUUUUAGUGGUGGCCCCUUUCCUGAACCCAUUCAUCUUCACCCUCCGGAAUGACAAAUUCAUAGAGGCGUUUCGAUAUGUCAUGAAACGCUGCUGUCAACCCCUCAAGGAUUACCUGUGUCCUGAGGACAAACAUGAACUCAUUUUCAUGGACCUGCAUAGUCUGAUAGCACUAACUCAAUCUGAAAUUUUCAUUUUCAUCAUCAAAUAG